AUGGACAGCAGCAUUGGAUACAAUUACAGGAGUGUGCACUUCGCAGGUACAGGGACCUUACUUGGCAGCUUCUACUGCAGUAAGGCUUCUGCCACCUUUGGUAACAUGGAUUGUUUCCAAUGGCUGUGGGGAGCACAAGAGGUUUGCCCCUAUGGCACGGCGUUCGCAAGGAUCGUCAAAGAGGUGGACUUUCAACCUCCUUGUCAGAAGCCGCUGUGCCUGCCGUUGCAGAGUGCAGCUGGCGGCGAGGAGGACUCAGACGCCAACCUUCCCAGCGGAAGGCCGGGCUCCGAACUGACGACCCCAAGACGAGGCUUGGUGAUGAUGCAAACUGCAUCGUUGAAACGGCCAAGCGACCAAGCAGAGUGCCUGAUGCCAUGCGGUGGUCUACAGGAUGCCGAGGGCGCUUGCGGCACCGACAUAACCUUCCAGAUGUCGUCGUCUUCUGGGAGGCCGAGCCUGAGUACAAACACGCCAUCCACGAACUCGCAGGAGAGUGACCUGGAUGAUGGACAGGAACACGGUAUGGAUGCUGACCAUGCUCUGCAGACACUGGAGGCGGCUUUCGCAAUGGCCGCAACGCCACAGAAUGCCGCCGUUGCUGAUACCUCGGAAGGGUCCCCAGAGGCGGAUGAGCUGGAUGCAGAGGACUCACGGUUGGAGGUUGAUGGAGACGUAUCGGACGUGCAAUCGACGUCCGAACAUGAUGAUUUGGGAGAUGACACGGACGUGCACACGGUCGCCAUGGCCUGGGACGUUUCGAUCCUAUUGCAGGCCGCUUCCCCAGUUCCUGCUCUGACUUCUUUGGCGAGCUGGUUCGGAUCGUUCUUGAGCGACGGCGGCAGCGCAGAGGUAGAGGGACCGGAAGACCCGGUCCUGAUCAGCCUGCCGCUGCCAGCUCUGUAUGACUUACUGGAGGUACAGGAGUUGGUGAUGUUGAUGCAGACGUCAUUUCGGACCAAGGCCAACAGAAUAUCUGAGGCUGUGGUCCAACAUCUCACCCAGACUGCCUUUGAGAAGCUUGCUCUGGUGGCCGGCCAUGACCCUGCCACCAUCGUUGACAAGUGCGCCUCGAAGAAGAUGAGAGAGAUCCUGUGCCCGUCUCCGUUCCAGUCUCCGGACAUUACUUCACAAGACGGUGUGGGCGCAGAGACCAAGAAGAUCUUGGACAGUCAGGCCUGGUGCCAUCGCCAAAUGGCCUACGAAAGCGGAACCAGCUUUCUUGACCAGACGCGUGUCCGCCAUCUCCUGGCUCGAUUGCAGGGACAGUGCCACGACGAGAAUGCUCAGGUAUGCGAAGCUGCGUACCAGGCUGUUUGGUUGUGCUUCCGCUGCUCCUCGUGCAGUGUGAAACGAAUGCUCAUUGCCGGGGUGGUCGCUGACAUUAGGGAGCGUCGAAAGGUCGGGCUCAGACGGAUCCUCUACAUGGUCUCCAUGUUGGAGACCGAACAGCUGGUGGAAGUCUACGUGCUGAUGAAAUACUGGCUGCAUGAUGAGAUGCUGCCGGAUCUCUUGCCAGCGAUGCAGGCUGUCCUUGCGACCCCCAGGGCAUCCAGCCUCUUGCUGUCCGCUGUUGCAGACGUGGCAAAACUACGGGCUUUGCCACAGUAUCAGUCGGCUGGCCGUGAACUUUUGCAUGACUUGUGGCUGCACGUGUGCGGCCUUUGCUUUGCCUCGCAACGUGAUUCGCAAACAUGA